AUGGUGGGCGUCGUGGGUCUGGACAACCACGUACCGUCUAUCUUUGAUACGCCUCUGGAAAAGCUCACCACGCCAAGGUCAAAGUCGCCUGGUGACGCGUGCGAGAAGUCUCCGAACGCGCGGCUCGAAAGGCGAAGUCGCCAGCGCGACAGCGACGUGAGCACUGCGGACACGACAGGGUCGAGUCGGCCGAGUAUCUCGAGCAUCCCUGACAUUGCGGAAGUGCAAUCGCCGCCUUCCGAGGUGGAGGAUGACGGCACGCCUUGCAGCAAUCUUUCGCAGUGCAGCCAGGAGAUGAUGAGCACGCACACCUUCGCUCCCCCCAGCUUGGCGCCUGGUGCCAAUGCGCGCCAGUGCUCGCAGGUGGAGUGGCAGCUGUGGUGGCAAUCGCUUGCGUAUGAGGGCGCGUGCCAGAAGAACCUGGAGCAGCAGCAAUGGCUGCAGCAAGUCGAGGCCCAAAACAACGAGUUGACGGUGCUGGUUGCAGCCCUCCGUGCUGAGAAGCGCGUGCUGGAGCAGCGGCCCCUUGGGUGUGAAGACGUGUGA